AAACGCGGCUUCCUUCAUGCCAUACAUUCAUUCUUUGGGUGGAUUAACUCAAGUAUAACGAAAUGGCCGCUAAGUUUGUCGUAGUGCUCGCCGCGUUGGUGGCCGCGUGCCAGGCGUCCGUGGUGCCCCUUGCGCGAGCAGACGCCGACUACACCAGCUUCGCGUACGACGUGGCCGACCCCAACACCGGCGACUACAAGAGCCAGGUGGAGACGCGCGUCGGCGGCACCGUGGCCGGCCAGUACUCGCUGCUGGACGCCGACGGCACCAAGCGCACCGUGGACUACACCGCCGACGACGUCAACGGCUUCAACGCCGUCGUGCGUAAAGACCCCGCCGUGGUUGCUGCCCCAGUGGUUGCCGCCGCCCCUGCUGUGGUUGCCUCCGCCCCUGCCGUAGUCGCCGCGCGCACCGUAGCUUCUCCCGCUGUCUACGCCGCCGCUCCUUCCGUCUACGCCGCUCCCUCAGUCUACGCUGCUUCUGCUCCCGCCGUCUACGCUGCUUCUGCUCCCUCCGUCUACGCUGCUUCUUCCCCCGUAGUUGCCGCUCCCUCUUUCUACUCCGCUCCCCUCUCCUACGCCCAAGCCCCCGUCACCUACUGGUAAAUUAACGUCAACGCAAGCUCCGGCCAUGUUCCAUAUUUUAUUGUAAAUAUUAUGUAAUUAUAAAUUUCUUUUGUAAAAUAAAAGUGAAACUACCGUA